ACCAUCACCACCAUCACCCCCACCGCUAUUCAUCACCAGCAUCCAUCACCCCCUCCACCACCAGCAACACCAGGAUAAAUUAUGAUCAUUUGAUGAUUGGGUCAUGUAUUUACAUAAAUUAUGUGAGAUGAAUAUUAUCAGAAUCAAAAUUUCCUCUAGUGAAUCAAAUCAGAAUACAAAAUUUAUUUGGAUGGAUCAAACUAAAAUUAUGUCCCCCACACACAAAAAAAGGUUCCAAUCAUCUCCAUUGUCAAAGAAUACGAAUGUGAUUCGGUUCUUUAUCAAUUUCAGUUCAUCAUCAAACGUAGCCGUGAUCUAAUUUUGUGUGUCUGAAUUGAAGGAUGCUAUAUGUGAUUAGUUAUGAGUACAGAGUUUACAGACCAAACAGAUGUUAUUUGGAUCAGUUAUAUGAGACCAUUUAAAGAGAUCAAGGAUUAAUUAGGGGGUGGGAUGUGGAAGGCAGUGUGGAGGUCUAUGAGCGAUGUAGUUAGGAUCUAUUGGUGGCCUUCAUUUCUCAGAUCAAAUAUCAUUGUUCAUUAGGUGAACAGUUUAUCUACAUUUUAAGAAUGUAAAGAUGCUUGCGCUCACAUUAUCCUCGAUGCAUAUAUACAAUAUACAUCUUAGUUUCCUAUGUGCAGGAAGAAGUUGGGCGAAUUAUUGGUCGCUUUUUGACAUAUGGCAAUGAAUACCACUGCAUGCUGUAUGGAAAUUGUGCCCUCAACACUGAGCUCCUACGUAGACAACUUUUGAAGAUGAGAAUGAGCUUGAAAAUAACGGACAAGCGGACGUGCCUGAUGAGAAUCGCCAAGAGGACACAACUAUGCAGGGAGAUGAGAUUCAAGCUUUGAAAGCAUUCAAAGGUGCAAUCAGACAUGACCCGUUGGGUGUUCUAUCUAACUGGACUGAUGACAAACUUCAUUGUUAUUGGUCUGGUAUUGUUUGCGAUGAUGCAACUAACCGUGUUGUUUCGAUUACUCUUUAUGAAAGUGAGCUCCAAGGAGAAAUUACUCCGUUCCUUGGGAACUUAUCGAGUUUGCAAGUUCUUGAUUUGUCUACGAAUUCGUUCAACGGCUCAAUUCCUUCUCAGUUAGGGAACUGCCUGGAGCUUACUGGGUUAGGACUUGCCGAGAAUUUAUUGUCAGGGGUUAUUCCUGUGGAGUUGGGUAAACUAAAGAAUCUUCAAAUUCUAGGAAUCGCAACCAACCGUUUGGAAGGAAGCAUUCCUGAUAGCAUGUGCAGCUGCACAGCCUUGAUUGGGCUUAUCUUAUACGAGAACAAACUCACCGGUAUGAUCCCUUCUUGCAUUGGUAAUUUGGUCAAUCUUCAAGUUCUUAAGCUUUUUAACAAUUCUCUGGUUGGUUCAAUACCUGUUUCUAUUGGGAAGUUGGGACUUCUGCAAGGUUUAUAUUUGAAUGAAAACCAGUUAUCAGGAGUGAUACCUUCAGAAAUCGGAAAUUUGUCAGAGUUACUGCAGCUUGAUAUUUUUGGUAACCAAUUUGAGGGAAGAAUACCCCCUGAAUUAGGCAAUUGUCAGAAACUUGUGGGUUUAAAAAUGUAUACUAAUCGUUUAACGGGAAGUAUACCUCCUACUUUGUCCAAUCUUACUUCAUUAGUAAACUUAACUAUAUCAGAAAAUCAGCUCACCGGAGAAAUACCUUUUCAACUUGGCUACCUCACAUCAUUACAGUCCCUGAGGUUGCACUUGAACAAUUUAACCGGUAGUAUUCCGUCGUCUCUGACAAACUUGAAAAAUUUAACGUAUCUGUCUUUGAGCCAGAAUGCGUUGAGCGGAAAAAUCCCGUCAGAUAUUGGCUCGCUUUAUAAACUGGAAUCACUGUUUCUUAACAGCAAUCUCCUGAGUGGUUCCAUACCAUCCAGCAUCUCUAACUGUUCACUUCUUCUCCGAAUAAGCUUAGCUGUGAAUAGAUUAACUGGGCCCAUUCCUUCCGUUAUGGGGAAUAUGCAGAAUCUCUCCUUCUUAUCCGUCAAUAACAACAAAAUGUCUGGUGAAAUUCCUGAAGACAUAUUUAACUGCACAAAUCUUGUAACUUUGUCAUUGGCAGUAAAUCGUUUUACUGGGUCAUUGUCAUCGAGCAUUGGCAAACUCUCUAAACUCAACAUUCUGCAAAUCCAUACAAAUUCUUUAUCUGGACCGAUUCCUCCAGAAAUUGGGAAGUUAACCCAAUUGCUUUCUCUUGAAUUAGGCAGAAAUCACUUUUCAGGUACGAUACCUUCUGCGUUAUCGAAGCUUUCAUUCCUUCAAGGGCUCUCCUUACCUGAGAACAUUCUAGAAGGCACAAUCCCAGCAGAGAUAUUUGAACUUAAAAAUCUUGCUGAACUGAAGUUGCAGAAAAAUAGAUUCGGUGGUCCUAUUCCGGACUUGUUUUCUAAACUGGAUAAGCUUACUUACUUGGAUUUGCACGGCAAUAACUUUCAAGGGUCCAUACCAAGAAGCUUACGCUUUCUUAACAGACUUUCAGUACUGGAUCUUUCUCGCAAUAACCUCACAGGAGCUAUCCCUGGAAAUGUGGUUAAUGGUAUGAAAGAGUUGCAGAUACUCGUAAACUUUUCAGGCAAUUUCUUGUCAGGGAGGAUCCCAGAAGAGCUCGGUGAGUUGGAAAUGGUGCAGGCCAUUGAUUUGUCUAGCAAUAAUCUGUCAGGAAGCAUUCCUGUGACACUUGGAGGCUGCAAGAACUUGUUACUGCUUGACAUUUCGGGAAACACCCUUACUGGUAAAAUUCCUGACAAGAUUUUUUCCCAAAUGUACUCUUUAUUGAGCUUGAAUCUUUCAAGGAACACAUUGAAUGGUACGCUCGAGGAAAAGUUUACAAAUCUGAAACACAUCAGCAGCCUUGAUCUAUCUGUAAACAAUUUUAGCGGCGCCGUCCCUGAGAGUUUUACAAACCUUUUCACCCUUAAACAUCUCAACCUUUCAUUUAAUCAGUUUGAAGGACCUGUUCCAACAAAAGGAAUAUUCAGAACUAUUGGUUUAUCUAGCUUGGAAGGUAACCCGUCACUUUGUGGAACCAAAUUUCUGAAUUCAUGCAUCAGCGAAAGCCACUCAAAUUCUCGUAGCCGGUUAUCCAAGAAGUCUAUCUUGAUUCUAGGCGUUCUUGGAACUGUAAUUGUACUUCUUCUCAUGGUUCUUAUUGUUGUAAUUUUCCUUCGGCAUGCUAGGAAAAAAGAUCCAAAAGGUGAUGUGGAUUCAGAAAGACAAUACUCUAUAACUCCUGCUUCACUGAAGAGAUUUGAAAGAAAAGAAAUAGAAUCAGCAACAGACUUCUUCAACGAAGGAAAUGUGCUUGGCUUAAGCAGUUUGAGUACUGUUUACAAGGGUAGAUUGGAAAGCGAAACACUUGUAGCAGUAAAGAAGUUGAAUUUAGAUCAGUUCCCCGAGGAAUCAAACAAGUCUUUUGACAGAGAAUUGAAGACCUUGAGCCAUUUGAGGCACAAAAAUCUGGUUAAGAUACUUGGUUUUGCAUGGGAGAGCGGGAAACUGAAGGUUUUGGUUCUGCGGUACAUGGAAAAUGGAAACUUGGAGAGCGUUAUCCAUGGUAAUUGCACAGACAAGUCAAGGUGGACAUUUGAUGAGCGGCUGAAAGUGUGUAUUUCUGUUGCCAAUGCAAUGGCUUACUUGCACUCUGGUUAUGGCGACCCAAUUGUGCACUGCGAUCUCAAACCGUCAAAUAUUCUUUUUGAUGAACACUGGGAAGCUCAUGUUAGCGAUUUUGGAACAGCUCGAAUUCUAGGUGUUCAUCUCGAUAAUGAAAGUGGGAUUUCCUUGUCAUCUGCAUUUCAAGGCACAGUUGGGUAUUUGGCACCAGAGUUUGCGUAUAUGAGGAAGAUUACGACUAAGGCAGACGUUUUCAGUUAUGGGGUAUUAUUGAUGGAGUUGUUAACUGCGAAAAGACCAACAGGGACUAUAGAAGAGAAUGGAUUUCCGAUUACUCUGCGGCUGUUAGUGGAGAGAGCUCUAACAAAUGGAGGUGAUGGAAUUCUUAAAAUAGUGGAUCAUGAUAUGAGCUUAUCAUCCAAAGGAGGGGAAGAGAAACUAAUAUUGUUGCUUGAACUAGCUAUCUCUUGUACCUGUCCUUCCCCUGAAGAUCGGCCUGAGAUGAAUCAGGUUUUGUCAAUGCUUGUAAAGAUAAGUGAAGGUAAUAAUGGACCCAAGACAUAGAUGUAAAUUCAAAUAAUGUAGUAUGAACUAAUCAAAAUGGAGAAAAACAGGGGGACUAGAGAGUGAAUUUGGAAGGGGCUUGAAACUGAUAAGCUUGAUUUUUUUUUCUGUUCACCGGAUUUAAAGCCUACUUUUUAGGAAUAUUUUUC